AUGCCGGUAUUAUGGCUCUUCCGUAGCGACGAAAAGCGCGCCUCGCUGUUGUCGCGCCACCGAGAGAUCCGCCAAUCGCGGCGGUCACUCGGCGCCGCCACUGCCGCCGCCGCCGCAGCAGCCGGGGCUGGACCACCGACAGCGUCUCAGCUGCCGCCGCAUCAUCAUCACCACCAUCAUCACCACGACUACAUGUAUUCGCCGCUGCCGCCGACGUCGGCGCCGUCCGCUGCGUCCUUCUACGGCGGCGAGGACGCCGCUUCGGGUCUGGGUCACGAGGUUGACCUCGACCUCAACUCCAGCGCCUCGUCGGGCUACAGGAAGCGCUUUGCCAAGUCCUUGUGCUCUGUGCUGCUCGUCGCUGCUGUUUUGCUCGUUAUCUUCGCCGUGCUCGGCAUCGUCGCCGUGGCCGUUUAUUUGGGAAUGCUGACCAACGAUCCGGAAUUCGAAAAAUAUAUGGCUCAGUUUCAAGGUGGCUUCAACGUGAUUGGCGGAGACAGGUACGGGCAAAACUUGUCCAGCUUCGAGUCCGAAGAGUUCAGACGGAAAUCGGAAUUUUAUCGGAGUUUGUUAUCGGAGGUCUUUAAAUCGAGCGUGCUGGGAGCUGGAUUUCAUCACGUGAAAGUUGAAGGGUUUCGGAAUGGGACCGACCACUUUCGGGUGUUCUUCAAAGUUCAUUUAGAUCGCCGGAAAAUUUCGCAUGCGAUUGACGAUCUUACGAAAGCAGUGCACGAAGUCAUCUCACAAGAGGUUAUGUCUCUAAAGCCGAUCGCAUUCAAGGACAUAGCGAUUGAUAUCGAUUCAAUCCUGGUGGAACGUAUCCGCAGACGAAGUGACGAGUUGGCGCCGCCGGAAAAUGACCCGGACAACGGCAUUUUCCAGAAGGUCAUCGCUGGCCCGCCGUCGUCCAACGUGCUCAUCACCAAGAAGCUCUCGUCUUCAUCCAGCUCCAGCAUCCUGCCAUCGGAACGCGAAUCCAAUGACAACGACCUGUUACUCGACUCGGUUUUGAUCGGCAGCGCGUUUCCGCCGCCGCUUCAGCCGCCGCCGCCAGCGCUGCUGGUGCCGUCGCGGUCCUCAUCGUCCUCUUCUGCUUCUUCUUCCUCCUCCUCACCACCGCCGCGGAAAUCUGUGGCCGCCUCGGGCUCGACACGAGGUGGUGGAGGCAAGAUUGUCGUGCAGCCGACGACUUACGCGCCGCCGAUUAUAGCUGCCAGUGGUUGGACCCCGCCGCCGUCGCACCUGGAGUCGGGGUUCCAUCCGUCGCUGUACUUCCCGAGGCCGCCGUUUCGGGGACAGAUCCCGCCCAAGACUAUUGCUAACCGCCACGACGAUUCCAAAGUGCAAAUGAUACCCAACCGGGAUAUUCCACUCGCCGUUCGACCUCUGGACGCUGUUGUUAAACCCGGUGCAAAUUACGCUUCCGGCUUUUUGCACGACUCUUCCGGCACCAAUAAGGCGACAACGGCCACUAAGUUGCUCAAUUUCCGCCCACCAAAUAUUCCUGUCACUCCGCAAGCUCCGUCGACCAAAGUUCCGAGGCCAAAGAUUACGGGACUACCGCAGCGCCCUCUACCUGGGUCGGGCCUUAGACGACGCCCGCUGCAGCAAAGACCCCAAACCACAACCCCGCCGCCUUUGGUAGAAGGUUUCUUCCGACCCCAACAACGACCCGCAUUCCACAUUCCAUACAUUCCUACCCCAAACAACAACAAUAACAACAACAACAACAACUUCAGACGUCGACCAAACAUGCCCCAAAAUCGAAUUCUUGAUCGCUACGGUGAAAUUCAGACCCCGACCCCAGCAGAGGAAAACAAGGUCCAAGACAUUCUCAUCGGGACCGGAUUUUCUUUCAAAAGCAACAAUGACAAAAACAACGCCGUGUCACCGUCGACUACGACGAUAAACGUCUCGGUGCCAAUUUCGAAUACGCACAAGAAACCUAGCGGUGGAAUGAGUGCUGGCAUUUUGGUUGUUGAAGAAGUGAAACAUGAGCCACAGUUGAUUCCUAUCCACUCAAGCACAUCACCUUCGCCGCAGCCAAUUCUGCCUGAGAUUGAGAAAAUAUCACCUCAGGAGCCUGAAACAGCGUCGGAAGACCCCGUGAACGACGAUUAUUAUUACUACGAGUACCCAGAAGAACCCUCAGAGGAGAAUCCUGUACCGGAAGAAAGAGAAGACGAAGAGGAACCUGCUGUUACUGAGCUCGUUGAAUUGGAAAAUGUUUACCAUCCCGAGGAUCACCGGGAAUAUGAAGAUGAAGUCCCUGAGAGGCCUAACUCGAAUGACCGAGCCAAGUCUGACAAAAGUCAGGAAAUGAUGAUGAACAUGCAAUUUCAGCAAGAGCCGGUGGAUAAAGAAGCAGAAGAGGAAAAACAAAAAGAAGGAGCUGAUGAGAUCGCUGUGGAUGUGACAAAGCCUCCAGUCACUCAAUCAACCCUCAGCAGCCAGGCAAACCAAAAGAUCUCCGUCACAUACUCCAUCUCAUCCGAGGAAAGGGACGGGUCAGUCCCUGCCCCAAGCAAGAAGAAACCCGGAAUAAAACCCCAGAUCCCGAGUCAUCUCGCGUCUCUUCCUUACGACCCCGAAAUCAUCCGCGAUCUUUUCGGCGUCGACAUAGCAUCGUACAUCAAGGCAUCCGGACAAGACAACCCCAAGGAUGGAAACGAUUCCGAAACAACCACCAUGAACCUGAUGAACUUGCCUCCGCAGAAGUCGUACAUAAGUGGCACGUUAGCCAGUCCUCCGCCUCCGUUAUGGAAAACCACUCCGGCCGUGAUUUUGCCUGAACCAUCUCCGACAUCUUAUUCCGGGUUCCGAGAGUCUCUCAGACCUCUGCCCAACAAAGAACACCGAAGGGACCCUGAAGUCGAACUCGAUCCCGCACUCGACGAAGACUGGCUCAAGUUCUUCACCACUCCCAAGUCCGAUUCGGGUGACAUGAAGCUUGUAACGCUGAGCAAAGUUGGUGGGAUUCGGUAUCACAAGAGACUCGACGAAGAAGAACAGGAAGGGAUAGAGACUACUACGACAACGCUGACAACGGCAACUGACGAUGAAACUGUCACCGAGACCACAGAACAAACCACUACUGUCGAGAUAUCCAUCCCAGGUAAGGUGACAAAGAUCUACGACCUGUCCAGCAAAGUCAGGAAGCCACAAAUCCCCACGGAGAUUCAAAUCGAAGGUGGUAACGUGAAAGUGAUAAGCACCGUUCUUGGAGUGAACACCCGAGAUCAAAAGUCGGAUAAUAAUGAAACAUCAGUUUUCGUGGUGCACAGUGAACCGUUGGACUCGGAAAAACCUUCAAGAAAGGUCAUUCAAAUCUCAAAACUUCCUCCUACUGUUCGAGUAGUGCAAAGCGGAUCCAAGGAUCAGACAACGGUGGACGAAUCCGCAAAGCAGUUCGUGAACAAACUCGGCAUUGUUCAAGAAUUUCAUUCAUCCAAAAAUCAGCGGCAACAGAAAUCACUCUUGUCGCACUUCGCAAAUAUUCGCGUAGCCGCUGACAGUAAACUUAUUCAUUCGACUUCAUCGUCACUCCCUGUGGCUCCACCGGAAGGUUCUGACAGUGGUUCAUCUGCAACACCAUCUCGUCAACUUGGCACAGUGUUUGAGAAGUGGUUUGGGAAUGGAUUUGCAUGGCCGCAAGCAAUCCCUGGGUUGUUCCGCGAUUCACCGAAGAACAAGACUGUUGCUAAUCAGCAGAUGAUGCUGGUCACUAAGCGUCCAUCAAUGGAACUCACUACAGGAACUACCCUGAAGGGAUAUCCGGUGAAGCCGAUAGUGUUGAAGGAGAACCAGAGCAUCACGGAUUUGUUGGACGAGAUCUUCGUGAAUAAGACUACGGAGGAAGUGACAAGUGCGACUCCGACGUUGAUUAUGGAGCCAAAGGAAGAGUUCACUUUCGGAUUCACUACUGGCCUAGGGACUGCUGAUGAUAAUGCGAGUCUGGCCUCCGAUCUUGUGUGCAACGAGAAGGACCACUUCUUUUGCAAGUCGGGAGACGAAUGCGUGAGCAUCCACAGCAGGUGCAAUCAAAUGCGGGAUUGCCACGAUUACAGCGACGAAGCCGACUCGGAUCCAGUUACGGGGGCUACUGCGGCCGAUGAUACUGAGCUGGAGACCCAGCAGGACGAGAAGUUUACUCAUCCUCAGGAACAAUUUUUGACAAACACUGUGCAUAAUAGCGAUGGAAGUACUGCUAAGCCGGGGCCGCAAGUUGAUAACACUGUUGUCUCCAUGGUGACGAGUGUUUUCCAUGCGUCAGGGACUGCCGAUGAUAAUGCGAGUCUGGCCUCUGAUCUUGUGUGCAACGAGAAGGACCACUUCUUUUGCAAGUCGGGAGACGAAUGCGUGAGCAUCCACAGCAGGUGCAAUCAAAUGCGGGAUUGCCACGAUUACAGCGACGAAGCCGACUGCACUUGCGCUGAUUAUCUCAGAGCCCAGUUCUUGACCAGGAAAAUAUGCGACGGGGUUCCCGACUGUUGGGACUUUAGCGAUGAAAAGAAUUGUGACUGGUGUGAGGAGCAGAAAGAUGGCGCAGCAAUGUACAAUUGUCAAGAGAGUCAAUUCUGUGUCAGCGAGGACAAAGUUUGCGAUGGGAAAUCUGACUGUCCCUUUGGAGAUGAUGAAUCCCGGUGUGUCACUGUGUCGCCAUCUUUGAUUGAAGCUGACAACCCUACGUAUCACUCCAGAGGUUUCUUGAUGGUGAGAAAAAGCGGGAAAUGGGGUAAGCUCUGCUUGAACAACUUUGAAAACGUCGUCAGACAAGCAGACACGCACUGGGACAUCACCGAUUUGGGCAGAGCUGCUUGCAAGGCUUUAACUUAUCAGGAUUUCGAACUGGUUGAAAGAAGAUACGACGCCCCUGCGAAUGGACUCCAGCAGCAACAAGCUUUAGCUCCAACGCUGCGAACUGCUGAUGCCAAUUUAUUCUUCCAGCUUAUAUUCGGUAACUCUGAGUCAUCUGAAGAAACGACCGAAGACGCCUUACUCGGGAGGAGUGUGGUCAGAGGUAGCUUGACGUACACGGAGUCCAAAUGCCCGAGGAAAGACGUGCUGUGGGUUCAAUGCGGUUCCCUCAAGUGUGGCAGACGCUAUGGAGCGAGUUCACCCAAGCCGCACGGACCCCAGGCGCGCAUUGUGGGCGGUGCUAACUCGCGCGGAGGGGCGUGGCCUUGGAUAGCAGCGCUGUAUAAGGAGGGCGUGUAUCAGUGUGGAGGCACCCUCAUGUCCCCGCAGUGGCUGAUCUCUGCUGGACACUGCUUCUACCAUGCAACUGAUCAAUAUUGGGUGGCAAGAUUAGGAGCCUUGAGAAGAGGGACAUCCUUGGCCUCACCUUUUGAACAAGUCCGUCACAUUACUCACAUCAUUUUGCAUCCCAAGUAUGAAGACACAGGUUUCAUCAAUGACAUAUCCGUGUUGAGAAUGGAAAGAGCUGUUGAGCUCACUGAUUUCGUUCGACCCAUUUGUCUACCACCUCCGGAUCUUCCGGUUCAGACCGGAAGGAUUUGCACCGUAGCAGGAUGGGGUCAGCUGUUUGAAGUGGGCCGAAUUUUCCCGGACACUUUGCAAGAGGUCCAGAUGCCCCUGCUGUCCACUGAAGACUGCAGGAAACGGACAGUAUUUUUCCCAUUGUAUAGAAUCACGGAGAACAUGUUUUGUGCGGGAUAUGAACGUGGAGGCAGGGACGCUUGCUUGGGGGAUUCUGGUGGUCCUCUCAUGUGCCAGGAGGAUGACGGGCGGUGGAUUUUAGCCGGUGUGACGAGCAAUGGGUACGGGUGUGCACGAGCCUCUCGUCCCGGGGUUUACACCAAGGUUUCUCAGUAUUUGUCAUGGGUGCGCGCCAUCAUGGAAAGUGACAACCUUCCCAAGUGGAAAACUCCCGUCUGCGAAGGCCACAGAUGCCCUCUUGGAGAUUGUUUGUUGAAGAAGAACUUGUGCAACGGCUUUAUGGAGUGCUCAGACGGGAGUGACGAAAGGAACUGCACCAGCAGCAUGCUCCAGACCUUGGAGACCCACAGUAUUGACGGCCAAAAUACCACCAUUGCUUCAGCAUUAUAAGCUCAGUGACGCUGACCAGCGUGGUGCGUUGUUAUUUAUAAGUCUUCGACCCCUUUUAUUUUGUUGCAGUUUUUAUUUGUCCCCUUUUCGUGAACAGUGAUGAUGGAAAGCAGGUAUUGCAUGUAAGUGAAGUUAUAGUGGAUAUACGUUUUGUAUAUUUUGGGCAUAUGCCAACGUUGGGCGGCAGGAUACAAUGUAUUUUACUUGUGCUGCAAGGCUUGUGUCUCUGCUAAAAGAAGGAAGAAAGAAAACGAAGUGUGGAAAGAUGAGGUUAUAGAGGUUUUUGCUUUUCAAUUGUUGACUGUGAUAUGUGAUGGGAAUGAGGACAAAUUUUUGAGAUUUGCCGCUCCAGCCAACGGAUGUAUACGCAUUUCGGAUUCAGUGUUGUGCUGUAAAUCAAGGACAAGGUGCGUUUCAACGCAUGUGCUUGAUGCCGGGAAACCCGCUGCCAAACUGAUUGAUUGCAAAGACAGAUGCUUCCUGAAUGAUUUAAGCGGUUGUGGGGGCCAAUGUUGUUGACUCAUUCAUUGUUGACUAUUUAUGGAAAAUAAAACGACCAGCACAAACCGAGAAAA